AUGGCAUUUUGGCGUGAUAGAGCAUACUGGAAAAAGCCUCUGACUGACGAGGAAUUGCUGCUAGCAGCUGAACAAGCUGAAAUUGAGAUAUCUGAAGAAUUACCGCUUGAUAAUUCACCCGAUACUGAUACAGAAAGCGACUUCGAGAAAGAAAAUGUACCAUCAGAGUUACCACAGAGGGACAUUUUUCUUAUAGAUAAUGAAGAUGACCAAAAUGUACUUAUAAAUCGUGCCCCGUUUGACAGAACUGAGUGCGUGGCGCGUGUCACGGUGCGCCGCGAUUGGUUUGAAUCGUCGCUGCGUCCCUGUUUCGCGUGGCGGCGACGUCAUGCAACUGAAUGUGAUUUCUUCGCGAGCGCGAGCCACCCGUUAUCGAACGGAAACACGUGUCGCGCGCGAUACAUGAGAAACUCUCCAAACAGCGGGGUGCGCGCGCAUGGGGAUACGCACUUCCGCGUUGUUUUUUGUUUUGGCGUUAAGGGACGAGAAGGUUUAGGGGACUGCAGGGAAAACAGGCCCGACUGUUUUUUAAUCCAAGCAUCCCUGUUGUUACUAACGAUUCUAAUCUAUGAUAACGGCGCAUCGUCAAGUUCCAGUUGUAUUUGUUGGGAAGGGUACAAAGCCGAAUAUAAUCAGAACGGAGCGCAUUGUAGAGCUCAUAAUCAGUUUCACAUAAUGCCCUGUAACAUGCCGAAAGCGCCGAAAUGUCAGUGCUCAGGAAAAGCCAGCAGUAUCUUAAAGGAUCGCACUGGAACAUGGUGCACACGAUACAGAAAAGGCGAAGAACUAACAAGAUGGCCGUGCGAAAACACCAAGGAAUGGGACGAUUUCUUCAAGAAAAACCCCGACUUCAUCUAA